AUGGCGGCGAGUAUUGGGAUGAUGGAUGGCGCAUACUUUGUGGGGAGGAACGAAAUUCUUGCGUGGAUCAACGCGAGGCUUCACCUUAAUCUUUCUCGAGUUGAGGAGGCAGCAUCAGGGGCUGUGCAAUGUCAGUUGAUGGAUAUGGCAAAUCCGGGAGUCGUUCCCAUGCACAAGGUUAAUUUUGAUGCGAAGACUGAAUAUGAUAUGAUUCAAAACUACAAAGUACUUCAGGAUGUAUUCAACAAACUCAAGAUCGACAAGCAUAUUGAGGUCAACAAACUGGUCAAAGGGAGGCCGUUGGACAACUUGGAGUUUCUGCAAUGGAUGAAACGAUACUGUGAUUCCAUAAAUGGUGGAAUGAUGAACGAGAAUUAUAAUCCCACAGAGCGUAGAACAAGAGGUGGAAAGGACAGAAAUUUGAAGGGUUCUCAGAAGAGCUUCAAAUCAUUGCAAACAAACAACUCACUGAAUUCCAGCUCGUGCAACAGUGUUGGUAGUAAUAGGGUUUCUGUUGUGAAACAAGGGAAAUCAAGUGGUCUAGCUGCCAGGCCAGAAUCUUCAGAUGAGAUUCAAGUUUUAACAAAGGAGCUAACCGAACUCAAGCUUUCUGUUGACCUUUUGGAGAAGGAAAGAGAUUUUUAUUUUGCAAAACUGCGAGACAUAGAAAUCCUUUGUCAGACGCCUGAGUUGGAAAAUCUUCCGAUGGCUGUGGGGGUUAAGAAAAUACUAUAUGCUGCGGAUGAGAAAGAGUCUGCUCUUGCAGAAGCUCAAGAAAUUGUGUCCCGAUCAAUGACUGUUGAAGAAAAUGGAUUUUCGGAUGAUUGUGACUGA